AGUUUAUUUUCUUGUGCCAUCUUAGUUUUUGAGUUUGACAAAAUACCUUUUCGGAUUUGCCAAUCGGAUCAACAACUGUUUGUAUUCUAUCCUUCUUCAAUGAACACGAUUAAAAAAAGACAGCAGCUGCUUAUAGGGUUUAUCAAAUCAACAUUUUAGAAAACGCCACCCGAAAUUUGGCAACGUCGUUUAUUGGUUUUAUAACCUCAUAAUUUUUUUGAAAAAUAUCCAACAGAAUCUCUACUAAAUUUAAAUUGUUCAAAUUGGUGUUUUACAAUGAAAAAGCUCACAACUAACAAAUGGAAAUCUUUUGAAUUUGGCCCCCCUGAAAAAGACACCAAAGAAAACCAAUCUACAACUAGGAAACUGAAAAAUCUACAGCCUAAAAAAUCUCUUAAAUCUGUAAAGGGCUCUAAAACAAAUAACAAUUUGGAUUUUCACAAGAUUAUAGAACCAAAAGUUGUAUCAGAUCUUAUAAUUCACCCAAAGAAAGUCCAAGAAUUGGAAGGAUGGUUGAACACCGUUCUAGGAGGCUCAAAAAAGGAGACUCAUAAGAAGAUUAGGGAUGAAUACCAGGAUCGUGUAAAAAAAGGCGAAUCAGUCGCUCUGAAAUACAGAAAUGGGUUUCCUAUUAUUGAAAUUAAAGCCCAAACAACAGGUCCUACAGGAAGCGGAAAAACUUCAACCGUCCGCCUACUUUGUAAACAAUUAAAUGUAGAUGUCACAGAAUGGACAAAUCCUGUAGACUUAGAUUACGAGAUAAUUAGAGGCCCUGGCCAAGCUGCAAAGUUUCUAGAAUUUUUCUCUGACUCGAAAUACCCAUCCUUAUUCAGCACAAACAAGAAAAAAGUGCUUAUCGUUAAAGAUUUUCCCAACGCUAUUGUGAGAAAUCCUGAUGAGUUUUUCAGCAUUUUGGAGGAUGUACACUUUCAAACAACACACCCAGUAAUAUUUAUUUGUACCGAUUCCAACAGUAAUGAAACAAAUUUACAAAGAAAUUUAUUCCCUGAAGAAGUUUUACUCAAAUAUUCCAUAAGUAAUAUAACUUUCAACUCCUGUGCACCAACUUUACUCAAAAAAGGCCUAAAAAGAGCCCUAGAACUUCUACAAGCCUAUCCUGACACAUUCACUUUGCCUCUAAAUAUCAUAGAAUCAAUUAUAGCCUCUUCUAUGGGCGAUAUACGUUGUGCCAUGAAUCAGCUAUAUUUAGCUAGUAUUCAUGCAGAGACAAAUUUGCCCCUCAUCAAAAUCAUUGGCUCAAAACGCAAGAAAAAUGACCAACCAAAUACAAUCAAACAUAUGAGGAGAGAUGAAACUCUGGGACUUUUUCACGGACUAGGCAGAGUCUUAAAUCCAAAAAAAAUCGAACAAAAUGGCACUUGGAGAUUGAAUUGCGACAUGCAAAAACUAGUAGACGAAUUCACAAUUCAACCAGCCAAAUUCGCUUCGUUUUUGUUUGAGAAUUACUUGAAAUACUUUGGCGAUUUGGAAGAUAUUGAACAAGCAGCUGAAAUUUUGAGUUUUUCCCACAAACUUUUGGAAAACUGGGAUUCGGGCGAGACACUUACAAUUGCCCUGUGGAUAGCUGUAUUGGGACUUAUGGUGUGCAACCAACAUAAAGUUAGCAGAUGGAAUCAGAUCAAAGGACCGAAGAAAAUUGAAAAAGAAGUGUGUGAUAAUGAUGUGUUUAGGCUCCAUCCCUCUGACAGAUACUAUUAUAAUUUAAUUACAAAAUCUGAUAAGUAUCAUAAAUUCAAAUGUGGAACCUAGAAAGGGUUUUUGUUGUAUUUUUUUAUAUUAUUAAUAAAUUAUUUUUCUUUUCCAAUUAUUAGCUGAAGUUUGAUGAGGAACUGAGUUUCAUACUGUUAUCAUUUUAUUGAUUACUAUAUCACAGUAUUUCCAUCCCAGGAAUAUUUCUCUAAAAUCCUCAUAAUAAAAAUCUCCUCUUAGUUAUCUUUGACAUACUUUCAGGACUAAAAUCUACAAAUAAAAUCACAACUAAUAAUUUCAAUUAUUAAGCUUUAUU